AUGAGCGUGCGCGACAAGAUCGCCGGGUUCGGGGGCCCCGCCAGCACGGGCAUGGGCGGCGGCGGCGGCGGCGGAAGGCCCAACGGGGGCUUCGGGUCGACCGCCCGGAUCGGAACGAACGUCCCCACGUCCAGCUCCAACGCUCGGGCCUCGCCCGCCUCCUCGUCCUCCCUGGGCGGCGACCCCGACUCCGUCAGCAAGCUCAAAGUCCCCGACGUCUUCAGGAACGCUACGAAACCGGCCGACAUUCCCGUUGCAGUGUCUAUGGAAGUCGCCCCUUCCGCUGCGCCCAAGAAAUGGGCGACCCCGGCCGGGAGUGUGAAACUGGGCGUUUCGAACGGGGGAGGGUUUGGGGCGAGCAGGGUUGGGUCGGCGCCGGCGGGUGCGCCGGGAUGGAAGGCUCGCAACGGCGGUGAUGCUGCCCCGGACACCACCGCAAAGCGCCCCGUUUCGGACGCCGCGAAGAAGCCGCGCGACGUUUUGGGUCUUACCUCGGCCGGGUCGGCGCCUUCAUUGGUACGACCCCCUCCCGCCGCCGUUGAGAGCGGGCCGACCGCAACAGGCAGCAGCGGCGGUAGCGGCGGGGGGGGUAGGGCAGAAUCUGGACGAGCAUCUCCUCCAAGCCGAUCGGCGAAGCCGAAAGCAGGACCGAGAAAAUUGAACCUGACGCGCAUCUCGGCGGAAAAACAACGCGCUGCGCUCUGUCUCGACAAGAACUUGGAAGAGGAGGGUGGCAGCGGUGCCAGCAACGGCAGGGUAUCGCCACGCGCAGCAACCACCGCCGUCGCGUCCAAGCCCACUUACGGAGGGGGGAGCAGCAGCAGCACCACCGCCACCAGCAGCGGAGGGCGACCGGCUCCUGCUGCUGCUAGCUCGAACACGACGAGGCCGGCGGCAGCUUACCGCCCAGCGGCCGCUUCCCGCCCAGCGGCCGCUUCCCGCCCAGCGGCCGCUUCCCGCCCAGCGGCGUCGGGGAGGACGGUCGGCGGCGGAGCGGCUAGGGGCGGGGGGAACGGGAUCCCGUCCGCCGGCUCGCUUCGGUCUUCCGGGCAUAACCUCUGGUAG